CCCCGCUCACAGUGCAGUACCGCAAAGGCUCGACCAAGCAUGAAGUUACCUGCGCUCUUCAAGUCCUUCAUUCUCCUUGGCGUUCUCGCGUCGGCAUCUGUCGCGUCUCUUUCCGCACAAAGUGCCUUCUCGUCGGAUCCCGUAGCAUACUACACGGAACUCCUCGCGGCGUACAACAAUGAUCCCGUCCAGGCAAUGCAGGUUGCGGAUCCAGCGUACGCUGCUAUCCUUGACGAACCGCGGUUGAUCGAGGUCUUUGGUGCGGAGCGGCAGUGGAUGACCGAGGGGGACAAGCUGCAGCUGAAGCAGGCAGGGUUGGCGUUUAUGGAUGUGACGGAUUUUGAGGACAUUGAGGUCGACCGGUCGUUCGUCCGCGCGGAGAAAUCUCAAGCAUGGCCGGAAAUCCAAAGACAAGACCAAGUCAACAAGGUCAUCUCGCUGCUCAGCGUGGACACAAUGCGUGAGGACCUCGUAACGCUUACAUCCUUCUACAACCGGUUCUAUCGUUCGGACUACGGUGUCAAGAGCUCUCGCUGGAUCUUCGACCAGGUCCUCCAGAUUGUUGCCUCCGCCCCGCCCAGCACCCGGCUCUCCAUCGAAACGUUUACUCACUCCUUCCCCCAAUCGAGCAUUAUCGCUCGCUUUGAGCCCUCCGGUGGGCGCAGCUCGCCCUCGCCCAAACAUCCGCGCGACGUCCUCCCGCGCAUCAUUCUUGGCGCGCACCAAGACUCGUCCAACUACAAGUUCCCGAUGUUCCCGGCUCCGGGCGCGGAUGACGACGGCUCGGGCACGGUCACGAUUCUCGCCGCCUUCCGCGCGCUCGUCGAGGCCGGAUUCACGCCCGCAGCUCCGGUCGAGUUCCACUGGUACGCAGCGGAGGAAGGAGGUUUGCUGGGUAGUCAGGAGGUUGUUAAGGAGUAUGUUGCGCUGGAGAAGAAGGUUGGGGCGAUGAUCCAAUUUGAUAUGACCGCCUAUGUUGAUCCCCGUUCGGAACCUGGGGUUACCCUCAUGACGACCGACGUCCACCCGUCACUCACGAACUGGACUCUGUCUCUCGUGCCCGAGUAUUGUUCGCUCUCACAGAAGGAAGGCAAGCUGUGGCCAAACGCCGGUUCGGAUCACAUGUCAUGGCACCGUGCAGGCUUCCCAGCCGUGUUCGCGGCCGAGGGCGACCCCGACAAGGACGAGUUCGAUCCUUGGGUUCACACUGUGAAUGACACGAUGUACUUGGACGAGUUCUCCUUCGAGCACGCACUAGAAUUUGCGAAACUUGCAGUCGGUUUUGCUGUCGAGCUGGGAGGAUGGACGGACUAGCGAACUCAUAACCGAUACCAUCCGACCCAACUUGUCCCUAUUGCUGAUGAUUUAUGGAAUCAUCUUUCCCUAAUACUGACAUCGAAGAUGUUAGUCAAAGUUGACCACAAUGGGCGCUCUAAUACGCCUUAUUCUAUUGC